GUUUCCUCCCCAUCCCCUUUAGAUUAGUUGAUUUCAAGCUCCAUCAAUGGAAGCUCCAAGGUAUUUGUAUUAUGUAAUUGGUGAGGAGAGCAGAACAAUGAGAAAGAGCGGGUUUGGACGUUAGCCUAAAAAGUCCCGUGGUUUUCUCCAUUUCCGGGUUUCCACGUAAAAAUAGCUAGUUUAUACACUUUUAUAUAUUUAUUCAUUUUUAUACCGAAUCUAAGAUCCUGAAUAUCCGAAGUUAUGUUGGACUUUCGGAUCUACGAGACUAAAACUCAACAUUGGCGCCGUCUGUGGGAAAAGUUCAAAAAGCUACACGUGUUCUUGAGUCUACAAAUGAUUUGAUAAAGGCUACUGAUUCCACGAAGAAAAUGAGAGAAAAUUGUUUCUGGAAAAACACAAGAACAGGAGAAGAACGGUAGAAGGCCAGGACUCCAGUAGCUUGCUCAUCAUUCAGGUGGCUGCCCCCAUGUCCUGAAGUAAACGCCAGCGCCGAAGGAGGAGACUAAAAAGAAUUAUUGUUUUCUAAGACACUAAUGAUUCAAGAAAAUGGUGGGUGGGGCCGUGUCCCCACUAGCUUGCAGUAAGAAUAGGGACGGAUUACUUCCUAGUCACAUGGAGGCCUGACAACACAGUGACGUGACAGAUUCAUCCUUAUCCAAAAGUAAAAUAACAGGGCCUGCUUCCCGAACGGGAACUCCAUGAACGCCGGUUCAACAUAGCUAAGCUCGAACAACUUGGAUUUGCUUGACAUAAUCCUUACUUAGCAACUGAAAUGGCCUGCCCACCAGUAGGUACCCCUUAAAUUCUUAACGGCCUGAUGAAAAGGCCUGUGAAUAGGGGAGUGGCAGAACCAUACUCCUGCUCGGGAUCAAGGGGACUCCAACAGGAAAAUCUAUCAUGCCCGGAUGAUAAGGGAUUCAUAAGAAGCCACAAGGAGACAUUCUCAAAACAAAGGGCACAACCAAGGUCCUUGACUAGUAAAAAAUUCCAGAACAGGACAGAACGAUUUAGGAAGAACGAUAUCCGACCACAGAGUUUUGGCCUUUGAUGGAACCAAUUCCCGAUCUGGCACGACAUCGUCAAACGGGGGAAGGAAUACACCAAACUGCCUAAUAGUAGGUCGUUCGACCCCACUGUUCAAUCCAUCACCGUUCCACACCUUUUCCUGACUCACCAAGGGAUACCCAACCUGAACGAGAACUUCAAUACCAUAAUAACUAGAAGGAUGUCCCAAAUUUAGAACUGGCAGACAGGGUAACUUCGGAUGAACACACAAUUACACCAGGCUACCCGCACCCUUGCUUUUCCCGAGCAGGUAAAAAUUUUGGGAACAUGGUUUAGCAUCGCUAGUGUCAGAGGAUCCCAAUAAUCCUCCCCCAUAACGGGAUACUGUACACUGAGGAGGGUCCGAGAAGGCAGGGUAUACAUACCUCAUAUUGGUUCCGAAAGGGCAACCUCUAGGCAUGCUGAUCGCGAGCCGGCCACAUCCGUGCUUAGUACUGGCACACCAAACCAGCUCAGGACGCCUUGGGUUUCUAUUUCAAACGCCGUUUCGGCCCGCAGAACACCGUUCGGGUAGUCUGACCUAAAGUAACAGAGUAUCAAGCUCAAUUGUCCGACAAAACCCUUACCGGGGAAAUUGAUGCGCAUUGUUCGGUCCAAGGUCUGACAGCCAGAAGAAGCCGCUCGAUCUCAUACAGAAUCUCCCAGAUCGGCGGUUGAUGGCCUGGGAUAACCAGAGCAAGUUCCCGUACGGGACAAACCGACCACCAGGCCGGCACCAGACCGACCUUCGUUACACCGACCAGCCUCCCGCCUUCCGCCCGUCCGGCAUCCUCUCGCUCAGUACCCAUGUCUUGCCCUGCGGUAGUCAAGGUGGGCUGUCGGCUUGCUUUCAACUGGGAGAACAGGCAAUCACCUCCUCCGUAGAAUUGAAGUAUGAAUCAGGAAGGAAGCAGAUUCGAAGCAGAAUACCGAACGGGUCAUAUGCCUCUCCCGAAGCAGAUUCCCGUACGGGUCAUUUGUGGGCGGCAGCUUGUGAUUACAGUGUUGGACCUCCCAAUUGUGAAAAAAAGCUUUGACACGGGCCUUCAGUUAAGGGGCGACAACUUGUGAGUGAUGGAGCAGCGGCAUGGGCCAAGUUAGGAUGUCAUCGGAUUGAUGGGCUGCCUAAUCCGUAGGAUUGCAGCUACUUGAUCAACUGCUGGGCUGGAUCACCAUCGGCCAAUUAAAGUCUCCAGGCCAACAAAUUGGCUUGGCAGCUGUAAGCCAGCCUAUUCGAGCUAAGUACCAUCAUUUUCUCUCUUGCUGAUCUAUUUCAAAAAGGAAAAAAAGAGAGAAAGGAAUGGAAAAAUGGUAUUGUUGUUGCGUUUGAUUGUUUCAUCAUUAUUUAGCAGGGAUUAAAAUAUCCCGAAUUUAAUAAUUCUAAGCCCUAGUGACAAGAUCAUCAACAUUUUAUAUUAAAUGAUUGAUUUAGUGGGCCGACCGACCAACCCACGAUCGGGGUAAUAGAGCGAUCGGAGUGCAUCCAUAGGGUAUCACUCCGGCGAUGUGUUUUUAUACGAUGAAGUCUUGCUAGGCAUCGAGUGCUAAUACAUUAAAGUAUUAAGUGUAAUUAGUCGAAUCACCAUUAUUUAGUAGGGAUAAAAUGUUCCCAAAUUAAAUAGUGUCGAGCGAGGAAGCUCCAGUGAUAAAAUUACCAUUAUUUUAAUGAAAUGCUUGGUUUGACUAAGUGCAUCGGUCCACCCCCAAACGGGCCAAAUUAAUUGGCUGAAGCGUCCCCGGUGAUGUAUUUUAAUUUUGAGACCAUUCAUGGUCCCGCUGGACAUUGAGUGCUCGAACGGCAGUUGAACCCAGUACGGGGCGAAGUACGUAUUUUGAUUAGUUAAAACUUUUCUUGGAAACGCUCGACAAACCACUAAGUGGUUCUGAUAGCACCUGAGCAGUGCGAAGAAUGAAUCUAGGCCAACGAUUCUUAGACCACUUCGGCCGGUAAUCAUAAAUAUUAUGCAUGUGUGUGUAUAUACUUGUAUAUUUUGUUCGGCCGUGCGGCCGUAUUACUAUGCUUAUUGUGCAGUGGAAUCCGUUCGAUAUGCUCGAGCUAGGAAAUCCAUAAUGUUGGCAUGAAGCGCGAAGACGUUCAUGACCGACAAGGAAAUGAAGAAAGUACAAGCAUGAAAAGUCGUUCGGUCAGCUCGAACGGGGAGAUCACGAAGCACAGAGACGUUCAUGAUUAAAAAAAAGAAAGAAAGAAAAGUCCUACGAGAUACCUUUCGGAGCCGUUCGAGAUUCAGAAAAGAAGAUCGAGACUCAGAAAAGGGGAUUGAGAUUCAGAAAUGAAGAUCGAGGUUCAGAAAUGAAGAUCGAGAUUCAGAAAAGGGGAUCGAGAUUCAGAAAUGAAGAUCGAGAUUCAGAAAAGGGGAUCGAGAUUCAGAAAUGAAGAUCGAGAUUCAGAAAAGGGGAUCGAGAUUCAGAAAUGAAGAUCGAGAUUCAGAAAUGAAGAUCGAGAUUCAGAAAAGGGGAUCGAGAUUCAGAAAUGAAGAUCGAGAUUCAGAAAUGAAGAUCGAGAUUCAGAAAAGGGGAUAGAGAAUUCAGAAAUGAAGAUCGAGAUACAGAAAUGAAGAUCGAGAUUCAGAAAAGGGGAUCGAGAUUCAGAAAUGAAGAUCGAGAUUCAGAAAAGGGGAUCGAGAUUCAGAAAUGAAGAUCGAGAUUCAGAAAAGGGGAUCGAGAUUAAGAAAUGAAGAUCGAGAUUCAGAAAAGGGGAUCGAGAUUCAGAAAUGAAGAUCGAGAAUUCUGUGUUGCCGAGUGAUGUUCGGCAACACAGAAAAUUUCAGCCCAUGGUUAACACGCAGUCAUUCCGGAUGACCGAAUGACGAACGGGUUAACAACAUGGAAGGAAAAUCAUUCUCAGCUAAAAGAAUUUGACCCUAGACUUGCGAACGGAUAAAGGGAUCAAAACGGCUUGGAGAAUCGAUGCUCAGAAAAUCUCAGCCCAUGGUUAACACGCAGUCAUUCCGGAUGACCGAAUGACGAACGGGUUAACAACAUGGAAGGAAAAUCAUUCUCAACUAAAAGAAUUUGAUCCUAGACUUGCGAACGGAUAAAGGGAUCAAAACGGCUUGGAGAAUCGAUGCUCAGAAAAUCUCAGCCCAUGGUUAACACGCAGUCAUUCCGGAUGACCAAAUGACGAACGGGUUAACAACAUGGAAGGAAAAUCAUUCUCAGCUAAGAGAGUUUUGACCCUAGAAUUAUGAACGGAUAAAGGGAUCAAAACGGCUUGAAGAAUCGAUGCUCAGAAAAUCUCAGCCCAUGGUUAACACGUAGUCAUUCCGGAUGACCGAAUGAUGAACGGGUUAAUAACAUGGAAGGAAAGUCAUUCUCAGCCAACGGUUUGGAGUUUGACAAUCAGACAGUCUCAUCUCAGCGGUUAACAUGGGAAUCGUUCUGGACAACCGAAUGAGGAACAUGUUAGCAGUUUGGAGGGAGCCAUUAUCUCAGCUAAUAGAGUUUGACCCUGUAAUUACGCAUUGUUAAAGGGAUCAAAAUGGCCUGGAGUUUGAUGUCAGUGAUUCUCACCUCAGCUUUUUAACACGCAAAAUCAUUCUGGAUGACCGAAUGAGGAACGGUUUAACAGUUUGGAGGGAGCUGAGUCAUCAACUUAGCUAAAUUCGACCCUGUAAUUACGUACGGGCAAAGGGAUCAAAACGGCUUUGAGAUGGUGUCAAGACUGUAAGAUAUGGAUGAACCAAGCGACGUUCGGAUAAGGUACGGAUUGUCGUCCGGGGAAUCGGAACUAUGUUUUUGAAAAAUCUCGCCUCAGUCAUUAACUUGAUUUGGAAGCGAGUCGCCCUUUUAGCUAUAAAUAAGGAAUGACCCGAUCCGGUGACCUUGCUUACAGUUUGAAAAGGGUUACCUCAGACCCCUAAUAUGGAUGAUAUGAGCCGGAGAGAAUAGUCCGGAAUGCAUCGGAAUUAUGGGUUUGGAAGGGAGAUAGUCUCACCUCAGCUUGUUAACACGUGGGAUCAUUCCGGAUGACCGAAUGACGAACGGGUUAACAGUUUGGAGGGAGCCCCUGUCCCAGCUGAGAGUUUGACCUUGUGGUCACGAUCAAAACGGCUUGGAGGAAUUCACCUCAGCUAAAAGAAUUUUGACCCCGUGAAUCACAAACGAUAAAGGGAUCAAAACGGGCUUAGAAAAGGUGUCAGAACAAAUUUGGAAGGGAGAUAGUCUCACCUCAGCUUGUUAACACGUGGGAUCAUUCCGGAUGACCGAAUGACGAACGAGUUAACAGUUUGGAGGGAGCCCCUGUCCCAGCUGAGAGUUUGACCCUGUGGUCACGAUCAAAAUGGCUUGGAGGAAUUCACCUCAGCUAAAAGAAUUUUGACCCCGUGAAUCACGAACGGUAAAGGGAUCAAAACGGGCUUGGGAAAGGUGUCAGAACAAAUAUGGUAAAAACGAAUGAUGUUCGGUAACCUGGAUUGUCAUCCGCAGAAUCAGAAUUCGCAGUAGAUGACCGAAGGACGAAUGGUUUGGAGGAAGAUAUUUCAGCCCAAAUAUGUCGACCCUAGCUUUAUGACCGAACAGAGGGAUCAAAACCAGCUUGGGAAGGGUGUCAGAAUUAUGAGUGUGGACGAAUCCAAGUCGCGUCCGGUAACCCUAAAAACGAAGGAACUAGGAGUUCGGGUUUGAAAAAUACAAAAAGAAAAAAAAAAGCAAUGAAGUAACAAGAUUGGGCAAAAGAAUCGAGUUUUAUUCUUCAAACACUACUCGCCGGAAAGUACAAAAGAAAUCAAGAGUAAUACAACUUGGGAAAGAGAUUAUGCUACUGAAUGAUCCCUGAUCGGGGAAGAUAGAGACUGAAAACUGCCAACCUGCGCCAGAUCAUCAGAAACUGCUUUCUGUCUUUAGUAUGGGUGGCCUGGAUCAUUGGAACUAUGGGAUUGGAGGAUGGCCAGUCGAGUCGAGUCCAUGUUUGCCGAGUCGAAUCGAGUAAAGUCCAUGUUUGUCGAGUCGAGUCGAGUCAAGUCCAUGUAUGUCCAGGUCAAGUCGAGUCGAGUCAGGUCCAUUCCUUUAGACUAUGGCAAUAUAAGGACCAUGGCAAUGACCAUAGCAUCGUAAGUCCAUAUCACGGCAAGGGCCACUUUUUAUGCAGCACGAACGGGCUCCACAGCACCGUCGUGCCUGAUUCUCGGUCGGGCUCGUCCAUCCUUGAUCUAGGAUGACGAUCGCCGCUCUUAUGCAGCACGAACGGGCUCCACAGCACCGACGUGCCUGAUUCUCGAUCGAGCUCGUCCAUCCUUGAUCUAGGAUGACGACCGCUGCUCUUAUGCAGCACGAACGGGCUCCACAGCACUGUCGUGCCUGAUUCUCGGUCGGGCUCGUCCAUCCUUGAUCUAGGAUGACGACCGCCGCUCUUAUGCAGCACGAACGGGCUCCACAGCACCGACGUGCCUGAUUCUCGAUCGGGCUCGUCCAUCCUUGAUCUAGGAUGACGCCUGCCGCUCUUAUGCAGCACGAACGGGCUCCACAGCAUCGCCGUGCCUGAUUCUCGGUCGGGCUCGUCCAUCCUUGAUCUAGGAUGACGACCGCCGCUCUUAUGCAGCACGGACGGGCUCCACAGCACCGACGUGCCUGAUUCUCGAUCGAGCUCGUCCAUCCUUGAUCUAGGAUGACGACCGCUGCUCUUAUGCAGCACGAACGGGCUCCACAGCACUGUCGUGCCUGAUUCUCGGUCGGGCUCGUCCAUCCUUGAUCUAGGAUGACGACCGCCGCUCUUAUGCAGCACGAACGGGCUCCAUAGCACCGUCGUGCCUGAUUCUCGGUCGGGCUCGUCCAUCCUUGAUCUAGGAUAACGAUCGCCGCUCUUAUGCAGCACGAACAGGCUCCACAGCACCGUCGUGCCUGAUUCUCGGUCGGGCUCGUCCAUCCUUAAUCUAGGAUAACGAACGUCGCUCUUAUGCAGCACGAACGGGCUCCACAGCACCGUCGUGCCUGAUUCUCGGUCGGGCUCGUCCAUCCUUGAUCUAGGAUGAGGACCGCCGCUUUUAUGCAGCACGAACGGGCUCCACAACACCGUCGUGCCUGGCUCUCGGUCGGGCUCGUCCAUCCUUGAUCUAGGAUGACGACCGCCGCUUUAUGCAGCAUGAACGGCUGGCUCAUCAGCGCCGUCGUGCCUUCUUUUUGAUCAGGCUCGUCGAUUCCUUAAUCUAGGAUGGCGAGCGUCACUUAUUAUGCAACACGAGCGACAUGCUCUACAACGCCGUCGUGUCUAGUGCGGGAUUGCACCUCACUUAUGGAUUAUGCAUGCUUUGCACCCAAAAUUAUUCAAAGACUGAUUCAGGGAUGGCAGGAAAGGACGUGAGCAAGAGUAUACUUUCUCGAGUAGAUUUGCAGGCUCACUACUCAAGAAACUGGGGGACUUGUGUUGGGGAAUAUUAUCCCGACACACUACUGUUCAGAGGCCCAAGUCAUCACCCGGUAUGAAGCCUGGUCAGCAAGGCCCAUUUAGGCCUACCCGACCCAUUUCGGCCUAACCGGCCCGAAUACGAAUUGUUUAGGCUCAAUAAGGCCUUUUCGGCCCAUUAGUGUGGGAGGGCUUUUCCCUCCUUCCUAUAAAUAGGAGGAAGGCUUUUCUUUAAAGGGGAUCUUUUUCCUCUUCUCUCUGGGGACAAUGUUUCCUCCCCAUCCCCUUUAGAUUAGUUGAUUUCAAGCUCCAUCAAUGGAAGCUCCAAGGUAUUUGUAUUACGUAAUUGGUGAGGAGAGCAGAAUAAUGAGAAAGAGCGGACUCUGACGUUAGCCUAAAAAGUCCCGUGGUUUUUUCCCUUUCCAGGUUUCCACGUAAAAAUAGCUAGUUUAUACACUUUUAUAUAUUUAUUCAUUUUUAUACCGAAUCUAUGAUCCUGAAUAUCCGAAGUUAUGUUGGACUUUCGGAUCUACGGGACUAAAACUCAACAAGCAUGUUUAGGAAAAAUGAAAUUGAAUAAACUCUAACUUUUAAAAGUAUUUUCCUUAUGUAUUUCCCUUAACCACAAUAUACUCAUUUGAGAUUUUUUCUUAAAUUCAGUACAAAUAAUGACUCUUUGUUUAUGAACUCUUCACUUACCAAAUUUUUUAUUUAAUCAGCCUCGUUCCUUUUUAAUCUUGUUUCAGAAACUUUUUUACUCUCUUAUUCUCCUACUAAUUGUUUGUCCUAUUCCAAUUACAGAUUUGCAUUGUAACAUAGUUUUGCGUAAUAAUAACAAAAUACUGCCUCAUCCCAACUUAAGGUUUCCAUGUGUCUUUUUUAGACGUUUCAUCUAAAUGAUUUCAUUUCUAUUUUACAAAAUAAUUAACACUUUUAAAUGAUAAUUUAAUCACCAAAUAUUAAAAAUAACACAUCUAUAACAUUACCGUUUUCUUCAAUGACUUCAUUAUAUUAUAUACCCAUCAAAACUAUUUUUCAAAAUAUACCUACAAUUACUUUAUUUAAUUUUUGCGUAAAUAGUCGUGUCUUAUUUCAAUUGGAACCUUAAGUUGUGACGAAUGUAGUACUAAAUUAGACAUUUAUAUGCGAGAAGUAAAAGUAAUAGUAACCAAACUUUGGUACUGUAUUAAAAAUAUUAAUGUUUAUAUUCAAUAUUCCCCAAUCCCACAUAUAUUAGAAAAACUGAAAUGUUAACACUACUAAUCUCAUUUCUAGGGAUGGUACAAACUAAUAUCAACUUAUUUUUUAUGAAAAAAACAACAUCAACUUAUUUUUUGAAAGAAACAAUAUCAGCUCAUUAAUAAUUUUGAGAAAAUGAAUCAUGUGAUAAUACACAAUAAUAACAACACUAUAUUGUAAUAACUUAAGCGUUAGGACUAAUGUUUUAAACUUCUCCAAAUAAAUUCUUUUUUAUAAGAAGUAUAGAUAAGUAGUAGUAUAAGGUCUUUUGAAUCAAUUUUAGAUUGUUUUAUUUGCAAUUAUCUAUUAACAGAUAAAAUCAAUUAUCUCUAUGUAAUUUUAUUGAUUAGCCUAUUUUCAAAGUCAAAUCUAAGCAUGGCAGAAAAUUGAAAGUAAAAAGUAUAUAUCCAUUUACUAUAUAGUAUAAUAUAGUAUAUGUAUUCUAUAUUAUACUAUCUAGCUCUCAGUCUCGCUAACAUUGGGACAUAUUGGGACAUGAAGAGGUUAUGUGGUUAUUAUGAAAUAUGAGUUUAUGUGCUUGACAUUGAACAAUUGAAUUGAUCAAGAAAGAUUUAUGACCACCGGUUGUGAGGUUACCGUGCUUAGUGGGAGGUCUGAAAUUGAAACUCGAUAGGCACAUAAGGGUUUGAAACUUAAUGAAGUGAGUUUCAGCCCUGAUUACUCCAGGCCCCCAGCCCCCUCCCCCAGCGCCCCUUGGAGUACAAAAAAAAAAGAUCAAGUCAGAAAGAUUUAUGACACAUAAAAUUUACCAAAUUUGGUAUCAGACAAUGUUAGUGGACGGAUCGAAAAGGAAAGAUCACACAAUCUAAUUAGCGGGACGGAGGGAGUAAUAUGAAUUGUGAAUAAUGUAUACGAAAGCAAUCAAACAUCUUUAUAUUAGGCAAGUAAAUGCAUAUGUAUACUCUGAGUGUAAUACCAAUCAAUUAUGUAUUACUCAUAAAUUAAUAUGUUGAAACGUUCCUAAACUUUGACAAUUGCUUUAUAAACUAUUAUAUUGAAUCUAUAUUUAUUAUAAUACUAAAUGGGUAAAUGGUAACAACUAAUGGCUUAUAAUAUAAACGCCUAAAUGGAAACAACUAAUUUAUUAGAUUUUAAACGGCAAUUAUUAUAUUCCAAACAUCAUAUUUUUUAAAAAAAUCCUAACAUCAUUUCCUAUCAUCCAUAUCUAUACUUAUUAUAAAUACGUUAUUAACUUUUAAAUAUGAAUAAAUAUUGUAGUGACAUGUGACCAAGAGUAAAUAAUAAAGUGACCCAUGACAAUAUCAUUAAUAUAAUGUGACUCCCAAUUGUAUAAUAUAUAGAUAUAGAUCAAUAAUAACACAUUUUAUAAUUAAUUUUUAAUAAUGAAAAUUAUUUGAAUAUAUGAUAAAAUAAUAUGGACCCACUUUCUGAUUAGAAAUUCAAUCAUAAGACAUCACAAAUCGAUAUCGAACUAUUAACAAAAGGUUAUUUCGAAAUGAUAUGACGUACUUGAUAUUUUGAUAUUAGUUCUUGAUAAGUUAAAUCACUAAAUUUCUAGUGAAAUAUAACUGUAAUUUGUAUCACGUUUAUUGUAUAUUCAAAUAGUUGAUGUUAUUAAACAUCUUUUCUAAAAUACAUAUUAUUCUUGAUUAACAAGUGAUAGUAGGUGAUAGAGUAUAUAGACUCGGACCCCCGGGUCUCACGACUAUUGGGCCCGGGCAGCGGCCCACAUACGCUCAGUAGAUAGCAUUUAUUUCAUUGUACACUCUAUUUUAUUCAUGUAUAUCCGUUAGAAUAGAUUAAAUACCAUUUGUUAGCCAUUUAUUGGACUUUUAUUGUAAAUGGGCCUUCCAGGCAAAGGCCUGGGAGCGCAGCCCACUUUUCUCCUAUAAAUACUCCCUAAGGGAGUCAUGUAAAGGGUGGAAAAUUCAUUAUAUAUAUCACUUUAUCUCUCUAGCUCUCUCUUUUCUCUAGAUAAUUAAUCUAUCAAAUGGUGCUUUCAUUGAGAGCUAGAGCAAAUCAAGUGAGAUCCUCCCAACCAAUAACACCUCAGUGACAACACUUCGGCCCUAGCUUGGGCCUUCCGCGAAGCAGCAAUUCGCUCUGCUCAGAUGUCUGCCAAAAUCACAAUCAUAGGAGCUUCACACUUCGGCCUAAGGAAGCACGUGUAUGGUAAAUGAUGGCCAGGAAAUAAGUAAUCAUAAGACUGGUCACCCCAUCCACCAAAGGUUCAAACUAUCCCACGGCCAACAGCUCCUACCUUGGCCAAAAUCAAACAAAAAAGAGGCAUGGAAAGAAAGUUGGUGGCAGCCCUUCGUCCAAUGACCGGCCAUAAGGUGGACCAUCAAGUGCUUCACCCAAACAAGGAAAGAACAACUUCCUCAUCUAAGAGCACUGGCCUCAACCACCUUGGCAGCAGUCCCUUCGGCCAAGGAGAGAUCUUUAGUGCCCAUCGUCCACGUUGGCUCCACCAUCACACGGCGUCCCUCGGCCAGACCAAUUAGGAAAUUCGGUGGACCCUCGUCCAUCCCGUCAUCCCUGGUUACCUUUGGCGCCGAAGCGCGGAGCAGUCGUCCAGAGCAGGACCCUCAUCCAUUCCAUCACCUUUGGUUACCGUCGGCCCCGAAUGGCGGAUCCUUCGGCCAGCACUCCGCAACUGCCAGAAUUCAAACAAAAGAAAAUAACGGCUGAAACAGAGGAAGGGCAGUCCCUUCGGCCAAGGAAAAGUCAGCGCCCCUCGUCCGCAACGGCCCCCAUCUGCUCCCUCAUUCCUCGGCCAUACCUAGAAAGAGGGAAUGAUACUACAGUCGCGUUCCACUUCGGCCAAGCAACACCAUCAUCGGCCAGCAAUCCUGCCGGCCAGAAAUCACACGUCGGCCAGAAGAUACACAACGGCCAAGCAAGAAAAGAAAACACCUCAUCGACCGGCACACCAUGGCUGGCAUCCCAUCGGCCGGCAGGCCGGCACACAUCGGCCGUUACACCGUCAGCCGGAACACAUCGGCCUGUACGCCAUUGGACAGCAACGCCUCGGCCGGUAACGCCGUCGGCCAGAAAUUCAUCGGCCAGAACUGAACAAAGGGAGUAAAGUUCUGCCACCCCUCGUCCGGCAGCCCAUCAUAAUGUUCCACCCUUGGCCAAAUGGGGCCCUCUCCCGAGCAGGUAGAUAACUUCUCUUCGGCCUCAACAGCCCAAACUGUGCACAACAGCCUUGUCUCGAACAGAGGAGCGGCAGUUCCCUCGGUAAAGGAAAGCUCCACUCGAUCUCUGCCGUCCGUAACGGCCCCAUCACCACGUAGUGCCCUUCGGUCAAACCUGGACAGAGGAGAGAACGACACCCCUUCGGCCAGUCCAACACCAUCGGCCGACUGCGUCUUCGGCCAACAGUAAGUCAUCGGCCAUCGGGAGGACCCAUCGGCCAAAGGUGCACCAUCGGCGGAGGGAGCUACACCUCCUUCGUCCAGGGUCACCCGUCCAUCCCUCAGCGAAGUCUCGCAUUGGCCAAAAUGGGUUCACCCCGGUCAAACAUCACGCUCCGGCUGGGGCCGGAGGUCGCCUCAGCAUCUGUCACCAGUGUCUGUCAUCAAUAUUUGGCUCCCGGUGCUACCUCUGUGGGACGGUAGCCCAUCGGCCACACACGGCAGGAAGGCGUCAACAGUCUGGAAAUCGUCCUCUCCCACGACCAGAGCAUCUCCUAGGCCAGGAAGGCUCCUCCUCGGCGUUCGUCGCUUCGCUCCAGGAUAGCCACAUCGGCGAUUACAGUAGGCAUAAGUCCCAUGGUCUGGCAACGGUGGGAGGUUUCUCUCUCAGUGGCAGGAACGAACCAUCUCCUUUGUCUCUCCCGAUCCUCAUCGCAGCAGGUUCUGUGGCCGGAAAUUAAAAGGCACUGGGCCAGGGCUAAACUAAAGUUGACGGGCCAAGACUACACGGAGUCCAGGAUUUCUCAUCAGAGGUCCAUUUACCCGGCCCAAAUAAGAGGUAAGUGCCACUAAAUUUCCCUCCUACUUUAUGCAUUAAGUAUGGAGCAAAAUAGUUUUACUACUAUUCAAAAAAAAAUGGUUUUAUUAACUAUUCAAAAGAAAAAUGAAGUAAUAAUAAAAAUUACUACUGUGAUUAUUUUGACCACCUUUGAUGCCGGUUAAAAUCCCCAAAAUGGUGCAACCCAAGCUCUAGUCUACUGAACAUCUUUAUAUGAUGAUUUUAAUUAUAUUUGGGUCCCUCGACCUACCCUAGCCACCUUUAUUUGGUGACUCGGGCAUCUAAAAAUGAGGGCCGCUACCGGCCGCACAUGGAAUUAUGCCCGAGAGCGGUAAACGGUACACCUCGUUCUCCGAGACGCUAAUCGCGUCGCCCAAAAGCCGUUGCCAUGAACAACACACCUAUUGUAUUCCGCUUAUUUUUUGGAAAUGUAAAUAGAAGAUACCACGUGUCGUAUCAGCAGGCUUCGAGCGAAAGACUCAGGUCUGCUCCACUUUGUAUUUUGUAUCAGCGAAGGGCUCAGGCCUAGCUGAGAGAGCACAUCGUCCUGGCCCCGUAAGCCUAGAGUGAAACGCUCAGGUAUGGCCGACAUUGUCCCCAGGACGAGGGGCCCGCAAACGGCCCACGUCUUGAAACGGGAAGCUCACCGCGCCGUCCACGCGCCAGAUCGCAGGACGACAGGCCUGAAAUCAUGGCCGAGGUGACAAAAUCCCAAAACUCAGGGAUGGGCAACGGCAGCCGUUGGAAACCAACCAAAAGUCUAGCCCGCGUCAUAAAUAGGCGACGGGACCCCCCUGAGAUCACGGACAUUAUAAACGAAGUCCGAACCGGCCGAAGGACGAGCACACCCUUCAGCCGAAGCCUGAAAGAAGGAUACUCCCCGAAAUAGGGAACGGAAACGGAAAUAACAAAAAAGAAAAGAAAAGGAAAAAGAAAAAAUAAAAGAGGGAAGCCGAGGACCACGCGCACUCGCCGUCCUCGAGCAAUAAAAAAUGAAAUCCCCACAACAAUAAUAAGUACAUACCAGGCAAAUACUACACAUUAUGGACGAAGCAAGACCAUACAUGCGGAUUAGACGAGCGCCCAGCGCCGUCCCUCAUCUUAGACGAGCGCCCAGCGCCGUCCCUCAUCUUCAGACGAGCGCCCAGCGCCGUCCAUCAUCUUAGACGAGCGCCCAGCGCCGUCCUCCAUUUGUAGACGAGCGCCCAACGCCGUCCCUCAUUUUCAGACGAGCGCCCAGCGCCGUCCUUCAUUCUUAGACGAGCGCCCAGCGCCGUCCCUCAUCUUAGACGAGCGCCCAGUGCCGUGCUUCAUUCUUAGACGAGCGCCCAUCGCCGUCCUUCAUUCUUAGACGAGCGCCCAACGCCGUCCUUCAUUUUUUAGACGAGCGCCCAGCGCCGUCCCUCAUCUUAGAUGAGCGCCCAGCGCCGUCCCUCAUCUUAGACGAGUGCCCAGCGCCGUCCUUCAUUCUUAGACGAGCGCCCAGCGCCGUCCUUCAUUGGUAGACGAGCGCCCAGCGCCGUCCCUCAUUUUCAGAUGAGCGCUCAGCGUCGUCCACCAUCUUAGACGAGCGCCCAGCGCCGUCCAUCAUCUUAGACGAGCGCCCAGCGCCGUCUUCCAUUUGUAGACGAGCGCCCAGCGUCGUCCAUCAUCUUAGACGAGCGCCCAGCGCCGUCCAUCAUCUUAGACGAGCGCCCAGCGCCGUCUUCCAUUUGUAGACGAGCGCCCAGCGGCGUCCCUCAUUUUCAGACGAGCGCCCAGCGCCGUUUUUCAUCCUUAAACGAGCGCCCAACGUCGUCCUUCAUUUGUAGACGAGCGCCCAACGCCGUCCCUCAUUUUCAGACGAGCACCCAGCGCCGUCCUUCAUCCUUAGACGAGCGCCCAGCGCCGUCCUUCAUCCUUAGACGAGCGCCCAGCGCCGUCCUUCAUCUUUAGACGAGCGCCCAGCGCCGCCCCUCAUCUUAGACAAGCGCCCAGCGUCGUCCUUCAUUUUUAGACGAGCGCACAGCGCCGUCCAUCAUUUUUAGACGAGCGCCCAGCGCCGUCCCUCAUUUUCAGACGAGCGCCCAACGCCGUCCAUCAUCUCAGACGAGCGCCCAGCGCCGUCCAUCAUCUUAGACGAGCGACCAGCGUCGUCCCUCAUCUUAGACGAGCGCCCAUCGCCGUCCUUCAUUCUUAGACGAGCGCCCAGCGCCGUCCUUCAUUUUUUAGACGAGCGCCCAGCGUCGUCCCUCAUUUUCAGACGAGCGCCCAGCGCCGUCCAUCAUUUCUCAGACGAGCGCCCAGCGUCGUCCCUCAUUAUAGGACCGGCUCCUCAUCGCCGUUGUCCUCACAUCACGACCGGCCCCUCGGCCUCGGCGUGAUCAUCUAUCUCAAGACCGGCUUCCUCAGCGCCGCGAGUCUUGAGCUGGCGAUCGGGCUCAUCAUCCCUUCCCGGAUGGUGACCAUCGCCUCUAUAUGACGAUCGGCUUCACCAUCGCCUUGUCAUCAUUAUUUGGACCGACUCCUCAUCGUCGUCAUCCUCAUAUCAUGAUCGACCCCCUCGGCCUCGACGUGAUUAUUUAUCUCGAGACCGGUCUUAGUCAUCCCUUCCCGGAUGGCGACCGUUGCAUGGAUCUUCGGACCGGCCCCUCAGUGCCUUCGUCCUCAUAUCACGACCGGCCCCCUCGGCCUCGACGUGAUUAUUUAUCUCGAGACCGGUCUUAGUCAUCCCUUCCCGGAUGGCGACCGUUGCAUGGAUCUUCGGACCGGCCCGUCAGUGCCGUCGUCCUCAUAUCACGACCGACCCCCUCGGCCUCGGCGUGAUUAUCUAUCUCAAGACCGGCUCCCUCAGCGCCGCGAGUCUUGAGCUAGCGAUCGGGCUCGCCAUCCCUUCCCGGAUGGUGACCAUCGCCUUUAUAUGACGAUCGGCUUCAUCAGCGCCUCGUCAUCAUAUUAUAGGAUCGACUCCUCAUCAUCGUCGUCCUCAUAUCACGACCGACCCCCUCGGCCUCGGCGUGAUUAUCUAUCUCAAGACCGGCUUCCUCAGCGUCGCGAGUCUUGAGCUAGCGAUCGGGCUCGCCAUCCCUUCCCGGAUGGUGACCAUCGCCUUUAUAUGACGAUCGGCUUCAUCAGCGCCUCGUCAUCAUAUUAUAGGAUCGACUCCUCAUCGUCGUCGUCCUCAUAUCACGACCGACCCCCUCGGCCUCGGCGUGAUUAUCUAUCUCAAGACCGGCUUCCUCAGCGCCGAGAGUCUUGAGCUAGCGAUCGGGCUCGCCAUCCCUUCCUGGAUGGUGACCAUCGCCCUUAUAUGACGAUUGGCUUCAUCAUUGCCCCGUCAUCAUAUUUCGGAUUGGCUCUUUUCAUCGCCAUCCGCGCAUCACGAACGGCCCCUCAGCCUCGGCGUGACUAUCUAUCUCAAGACCGGCUUCCUCAGCGCCGAGAGUCUUGAGCUGGCGAUCGGGCUCAUCAUCCCUUCACGGAUGGUGACCAUCGCCUCUAUAUGACGAUCGGCUUCACCAUCGCCUUGUCAUCAUUAUUUAGACCGACUCCUCAUCGUCGUCGUCCUCAUAUAACGAUCGACCCCCUUGGCCUCGACGUGAUUAUUUAUCCCCAAGACCGGUCUCAAUCAUUCCUUCAUCAGAUGGCGACCGCUGCUUGGACUUUUGGAUCAGCCUCAUAGUGCUGACGACCUCACAUCACGAUCGGCCCCUCGGCCACGACGUCACACCCUAUCCCAACACCGGCUUCAUCAGCGCCGAAUGUGUUGGGCUAGCGAUCAGGCUCGCCAUCCCCUCCUGGAUGGUGACUAUCGCCUCUAUAUGACGAUCGGCUCCAUCAUCGCCUUGUCAUCAUAUUUCGGACUGGCUCAUUAUUGUUGUCCGCACACCACGAUCAGCCUCUCGGCCUCGACGUGAUUGUUUAUCUCAAGACCGGCUCCCAACGCCGAAGUCUUGUUAUAGCGAUUGGGCUCGCCAUCCCUUCCCGGACGACGACCGUCGCCCCUAUAUGACGCACGGCUCAUCAUCGCUCCGUCCUCACAUUUAGACCGGCCCCAGCGCCGAAGUCCUUAUCUAGCGACCAGGCUCGCCAUUCCCUUCCUUGAUGGUGACUGUCGCCUUCAUAUGACGCAUGGCUUAUCAUCGCCUCGUCCCCAUAUUCGGACCGGUUCGUCAGCGCUGUCGUCCUCAUAUUCGGACCGACUCAUCAGCGUCGUCGUCCUCAUAUUCAGACAGGCGUCCACCGCCUCGUCCCCCUAUUCAGAUAUAGCGAACAUCUUGUGGUCUCCGACCGAAAGGCUAAAGGAGCCCAGAGUUCAGCCAUAUAUCGCUCCGUCAUCUUUAUUUGAUGACGCGAAGCUCAUUUGCAGGCCCAUCGGCCAUACAUCGCUCUGUCAUCUUUAGUUGAUGACGCGAAGCUCAUUUGCAGGCCCAUCGGCCAUAUCCUCUGUCAUCUUUAUUUGAUGAUGAAGAGCUCAUUUGUAGGUCCAUCGGCCAUAUAUCGCUCUGUCAUCUUUAUUUAAUGACGAAUAGCUCAUCUACAGGACCAUCGGCCACAUAUCGUUCUGUCAUCUUUAUUUGAUGACGAGGAACUCAUUUGUAGGCCUCUGAGCCACAUCUUGCUCCGUCAUCUUUAUUUGAUGACGCGAAGCUCAGUUGCAGGCCCAUCGGGCAUAUAUCGCCUCGUCAUCUUUAUUUGAUGACGUGAAGCUCAUUUACAGGCCCAUCGGCCAUAUCUCGCUCCGUCAUCUUUAUUUGAUGACAUGGCGCUCGCAUAUAGGCCUCUGAGCCAUACAUCACCCCGUCAUCUUUAUGUGAUGACGUGGAGCUCUCAUAUAGGCCUCUCUCGGCCGCACCAUCGCCCCGUCGUCUUUAUUUGACGACGUGGAGCUCUUAUGCAGGCCCCUCGGCCGCACCAUCGCCCCGUCGUCUUUAUUUGACGACGUGGAGCUCUUAUGCAGGCCUCUGAGCCAUACCAUUGCCCCGUCGUCUUUAUUUGACGAUGUGGAGCUCUUAUGCAGGCCCCUCGGCUGCACCAUCGCCCUGUCGUCUUUAUUUGACGACGUGGAGCUCUUAUGCAGGCCCCUCGGCCGCACCAUCGCCCCGUCGUCUUUAUUUGACGACUUGGAGCUCUUAUGCAGGCCCCUCGGCCGCACCAUCGCCUCGUCGUCUUUAUUUGACAACGUGGAGCUCUCGUACAGGCCUCUCGGCCCAUCGGCCUUACGUUCUGGUCAUCUUUAUUUGAUGAACCAGACAUCAUAUUGUGGACGGUCGCUCGACCCAUCCCUUAGUCAUCUUUAUUUGAUGACUAGGACUACUGAUCAUGAUGAGCUACCCACAUCUAGAGAUCGGCCUCGACCAUCCAGCAGACGGGCACCGCUACAGCUCCAUCUCCAGGCCGAAGGGCUCGCACCUUUUGUUUCAUUUUGGGGGCAUCCGGUGUACUCUUUUUCCCUCAUUAGGAUUUUUUCCCACAGGGUUUUUCCUAAUGAGGUUUUUAACGAGGCAUCUCCCCAUCGUGGAUCAAAAGGUGUCAACCCUCGGCCCCCUGUUGAAGACAUCAUCCGACACGCAUUACUCUACUCCUCUUCACCUCAUUACACUCGCCUCAAGGAGUGGGGGACUGGAAGAGCGGGGGACUUAGCGCCUCCGUUAACCAAAGAAGCAGAAAUUCAAAUUUUUGUUCACGAAGUUUACUCACCAGACGACGACAGAUCAGCACACAGUUCUACUCUCUUUCGCCUCGAAUACUCUCGACUCAGAGAGUGGGGGACUCAUGAUAGAGUAUAUAGACUCGGACCCCCGGGUCUCACGACUAUUGGGCCCGGGCAGCGGCCCACAUACGCUCAGUAGAUAGCAUUUAUUUCAUUGUACACUCUAUUUUAUUCAUGUAUACCCGUUAGAAUAGAUUAAAUACCAUUUGUUAGCCAUUUAUUGGCCUUUUAUUGUAAAUGGGCCUUCCAGGCCCAAGCCUGGGAGCCCAGCCCACUUUUCUCCUAUAAAUACUCCCUAAGGGAGUCAUGUAAAGGGUGGAAAAUUCAUUAUAUAUAUCACUUUAUCUCUCUAGCUCUCUCUUCUCUCU